AUGUCCGAAAAUAAUAACGUUUUGAAAAUUUCAUUGCAUAAAGCAUUAAAAAGUACUGAAAAAUCAUUACAGAAUGUUAACGAGCCAUCGAUAAUAUUUAAUUUAAACUAUUCAAAAGAAAUUCGCCAAGAAAAACGUGAAAACUUAUUAACACGCAUUGAAAAUAUUAUGAUUGAAAUUCAUGAGGCUAAAAUGAAUGGAAAAAACUUUGUUCUUGAAAUACGUGAUCGUAGUCGCUGGAAUAAUUGUACUUUUAAUAACAUUGUUUUACUGAAAAAAGAUGCUACAGUUCGUACGAUCGAUUCGUCCAAUCUGAAAUCUCAAACAUUUACAAAUAUUGUGUUUUUACUUUCAAAAAUUUAUAAAUUACUUCAAAUUGGUGGUAAAUGUACUCGAAGGGAAUUAUAUUAUCAAAAUAUCGAAAUAAUUAAAAGCCAAAGAAUUAUUGACUCAACUAUUAAUGAUAUUUGUACCAUUCUGGAAGUACUACCAUGGGAAUUAGGAAUUAUGGGAACCAGUAAAGGUUUGAUUGCUGGUAAUUUGUCAUUGAAAUUAUUAGAUGGAUCAUUUAUUGAUUGCCACAAUACAAGGAACGGAGUAAUAGUCCCUCAGGACAUACAAGAUAUUCAAGAUAUAAAUUCAGACGCGAAAUUUAUUUUAAUCGUUGAAAAAGAUGCAAUUUUUCAAAAACUUUUAGAUGAUAAAAUUUUAAAUAACUUAGGUCCAUUAAUUUUAAUAACGGGAAAAGGAUUUCCAGACAUUAAUACACGAUUUUUACUAAAACGAUUAUCUUUAAAGUUGAGAAUACCAAUUUUUGCAAUGGUCGAUGCCGAUCCAUACGGAAUUGAAAUUAUGUUUACAUAUCGUUUUGGAUCGUUGAAAAUGUCUCAUGAAGGAAUAUCAUUAGCAGUACCAACAAUCCGUUGGUUAGGAUUGUUACCAAAAGAUAUCGAUACAUUUAUAAUACCAAAAUUACCAUUACUACCAACAGAUUGUAAUAAAUUAACAGAUAUGUUAACACGACCAUACAUAACAAAUGAAAUACGUGAACAAAUUAAUAUUUUAAUCAAUCAGAAGUGUAAAACAGAAAUUGAAGCAUUAACUUCCGUUGCAAAUUAUUAUAUUACAGAUACAUAUUUACCACACAAAAUAUGUGCGCAAGAUAUUAUUUGA